AUGAUUCAGUUGCACUCAAUACCCGGGCUUUUGCUUGCAUUGAGAUCGAUUUUUGCAGCAUUGGGUUAUUUCCUGUGCUCAACUCCAGCAGUGAGCGAUUUUUGUCUUCUGAUGGCGUCAGGUGUGAUGCUCGACUAUUUCUUUCAAAUAACCUUUUUUGCCUCAAUAAUGGUUUAUGGUGGACGGCGAGAAGCCACUGGAGGUCUUCUGUCGUCGUGUUAUCAACGUAACAGAGCCAUUGUGGGCACAGACGCCGUGCGAAAAGCUGACGAAAUGAGACGCGAAGAACGUAGGUUAUUCUUGACAUUCACCACACAUCAAUUCGCACGUUUCAUUCCUUCGCGCCACAUGCUUCCAUAUGUUUCCCCAUGGCUCACAACUUCUUCGUACAUCGAUUUAGAGCCGUUCAUGCAUCGAUUAUUUGGCACUAAAUAUGCACCGUUCAUCCUUCGGAAGGAUGUUAUGGUCGUUUCAUGGGUGUUGUUCUUCGCUUAUGCGACACUCGCGAUUUAUGGAUGUUCAUCGAUCGCCGUGGAUAUCAGUCCGAAAAAAUACGUCAGAGAUAAUUCACCAAUUCAAACAUUUGUCCAUCUAGCUGAUAAAUACAUAUGGGCUGACAAUGUAAUGCCAAUAUUUUACGUGAUGAAGCCACCGGAUCUGAGGAACGCGCGUGCUCGAGCGCGCCUCAAUGAGUUGGUCUAUCGACUCGAACACACUAAAUAUAGCAUUGGUCGUGUCUCAACUAGUUUCUGGCUGUGGGAAUAUCAGAGAUUUUUGAAUGACUUCCCUGACAUUGAUUAUGAGACCGAAUUCUAUGAUCAGAAACAUCUAUCAGACUUUUUUGCGCAGUUCGAUUAUAAACAAUACCGAGGUUAUCGUUUUCGUUUUGAA